UUAUUUCAUGGUUCUUCCUGCGUUUGCUCUACUUUGUUCUGAUACAAUAGCAUAAUUAAUAGAUAUGGCUAAUAGCAUAGGUUAACUAAAAGACGUCACGCUGUUGAUAUAUCUUGACGGCAACAGUAAUGAUGAUCCAUCUAUUGAUCUAUUAUGGCGGCUGAAACAAAAUCUAUUGAAGAUCUGAAGAAACUUGCUUGUGAGGCUAUUGAUAACAACUCAAAAAAUCUAAAGCAACUUAACCGAAAUAUAUGGGAAAACCCAGAGACCAACUACGAAGAAACAAAGUGUCAUGGAUUUUUGACCGAGUUCUUUAAAGAUUACAAGUUCGAUGUAACUCCACACUGGACUUUAGAGACUGCCUUCUGUGCGAAGUAURGCAARGAUGACGGACCUUGUGUAGGAAUAGUCUGUGAAUACGAUGSCUUACCAGAGGUUGGCCAUGCAUGUGGGCACAACUUGAUUGCUGAGGCAGGGGCCGGUGCAGCGAUUGGAAUUCAAGCRGCAUUAGAUGGAACUUCUAACAACAACAGWCUCGGACGUUUACUCGUGAUUGGUACUCCUGCCGAAGAAAUGGGAGGCGGAAAGAUUGCMAUGAUYGACAAAGGAUGUUUUAAAGAUGUCGAUUUUAGCAUGAUGGUCCAUCCUUAUCCUCACGACGCAACCUUCCUCGGAUCAUURGCAACAAAGUUUGGCUAUAUUACAUAUAAAGGUUAUUCUUCACAUGCGUCGCUAUUUCCAUGGCAAGGAAUCAAUGCUUUAGAUGCGGCGGUCAUGGCGUACACCGGUAUUAGUACGAUGAGACAACAGAUGAAGCCRUCAUGGAGGGUCCAUGGAGUUAUCCUUCAGGGAGGUGUUAAGUGUACCAUCAUUCCAAGUAUGACAAAAAUGGAGUUCUGUCUUAGAGCUCCUAACAAAAAAGAACUGGAUGAACUUGAAGCGAAAGUGACGGGAUGUUUCAAGGCUGCUGCGCAAGCUACAGGUUGUACUGUUGAAAUAAAUUGGAUCAAGUUGUCAUCCUACUUGGACCUGAACGUAAAUACUAAGAUGGCAGAGAUCUACAAAAGAAAYUCMACCAGCCAAGGAGUGCAGUUUGUGUCGUUAGAAGAAGAACUCAAGAUGCCACAAGGAUCAACAGACAUGGGAAAUGUUUCUCAAGUUGUUCCAUCAAUUCAGCCUUUUUACAGCAUUGGYACUUCCGCACCAAAUCACUCUGUGGAGUUUGCAGCCGCUGCUGCUACUGAUGUUGCCCAUGAUCGUACAUUAAUAGCUGCUAAAGCCAUGGCCAUGACUGCUAUCGAUGUCAUGGCUGAUCCAGAAACUUUGAAAACAAUCCAAGAACAAUUCACUGAAUCCAUUUGAGCAAUUCACAUAUAUAUAUAUAUAUAUCUCAUAGGGUCCAUUCGUUUUAACGGGUUUCAUUGUUGCAUGUUGGUGAGUGCGAUUGGAUAGAGAAUGUAAUGAAGUCAAAUUCAUUAGAAAUAUAUUCAAUACACAGAUGUAUUUUUGCACAAAUAUUUUUUGAUUCAUAAUAAAGGUUUUUGAUGUUGUU